AUGGCCCUAUCAUCGUCAUCAUCUUCCUCUCUAAAGGGCAUUGUAGUUACAGUCCCAGUCCUGUUGCUAUCUGCGACAGCCGCUGCAAUCUUCUUUCUCUUCCUGUUUUCCUCUAUCUCCUCUCCUCCUCCUUGUUCUUGCCCCACCAACGGUGAAUCCACCGUUGAGAGUACAGUCUCCGCCGUCAGAAGUGGCGGAGGUCGGAUCUCGGCCACGAGGGAGGAUGUUGAAUGGGUCAAGAGUCAGAUCCAUGAGAAUGGACUGCAUAUGCAAGACAAUGUGCUCCGUAAAGGCAUCAAUCCUCGCACUCGCGCUCAACAGCUCCAAGAUUUGAUCGAAUUCAAGGGCAUAUCACACUAUGAAGGGGAAGAAGCAAACAAUCACACGGCUCUACCGUGCCCUGGUGAGCUUCUGGUGGAACAGCACCACAGCAACUACGGCGAGCCCUGGGCGGGAGGGCGAGACGUGUUUGAGUUUCUUGCUGAGUCUACCCAGCUAUCGCCAAACUCACGUGUUCUGGAAAUUGGGUGUGGCACACUUCGCGUAGGUUUGCAUUUCAUCCGUUAUUUGGACCCACAACACUUCCACUGUCUGGAGCGAGACGAGCUCUCGUUAAUGGCGGCAUUUAGGUACGAGCUUCCAUCCCAAGGUUUAUUGCAUAAGCGGCCUCUGAUUGUGAGAGGUGAAGAUAUGGAUUUUAGCAGAUUUGGAUCUGGUUUUAUGUAUGACUUGAUAUAUGCCAGUGCGGUUUUUCUUCAUAUGCCUGAUAAACUUGUUUGGUUUGGAUUAGAGAGGUUAGUGGGUAGGUUGAAACCUCUAGAAGGUCGAAUUUUUGUAUCACAUAAUAUGAAGUUCUGUUCACGGCUUGGGGGAGAUGAAUGUACAAAAAGGUUAAAAAGUAUAGGGCUCGAGUAUGUUGAGAAGUCCACACAUGAUAGUUUACUCUUCAAUCACUAUGAUAUUUGGUUUGAAUUUAGGCAAACUAAGGCUUAG